ACUGAGGCGACGCAGUCGCUCACGCGGACCGUCUCUGGGAGUGCUGAGUCGAUCCUGUUCUGAGGCGUCCGGAGCGACAUAGAGCAACUGCUUUACUUCAUGUGAACCGGGAGCAACACUGAACACACCGCACAGGGAAGGUCCUAACAGCUCAGCGGGACGCUGCUAACAUUGGGUUUAAGGGGGACACUCACGAGGACCACGAACUGCGCAACUCCAAUCUCACUCAGUCAAAACCCAAGACCCACGAUGGACUCGAGAGACACUGCCCCUGAUUCCUGGGAACAAGAGGACGAUGUGGAGGCCACAGUCGACGGACAGCUUGAAACGGCGUUCACAACCCUGAAUGUGAACGCUAAGCCGUUUGUACCCAAUGUGAACGCAGCUGAGUUUCCGCCUUUUGCCACGAGAGCGCCCUCGGAGAGCGUCGAUGCUGCUGUGCCUGUGGAGAACGGCGACACAGAGAUGACGGCGGAGGAGCCAUGGGACCAGAAAGAUGAAGAACCAACUGAGGAGGAGCCGGGAGGCGGCGACCGAGGACCAGGGGAGACGGCUACACCGGAGGAUCCGGCUCCUGAAAUGAUGGAGGAGGAGGAGGAAGUGUUGGUGCCAAAGGUUCCGCCUGUACAGCCGGAUGCCCCCAAGAAGGAACACAUCAAUGUUGUGUUCAUUGGACACGUAGAUGCUGGAAAGUCCACUAUUGGAGGACAAAUCAUGUAUCUAACAGGCAUGGUGGACAAGAGGACCUUAGAGAAGUAUGAGAGGGAGGCCAAGGAGAAGAACAGAGAAACCUGGUAUCUGUCUUGGGCUUUGGACACCAAUCAAGAGGAGAGGGACAAGGGGAAGACUGUGGAGGUGGGCCGGGCAUACUUUGAGACGGACAAAAAGCACUUUACUAUCUUAGAUGCUCCAGGCCACAAAAGCUUUGUGCCCAACAUGAUUGGCGGUGCGUCGCAGGCUGACCUGGCUGUCCUGGUAAUCUCUGCCAGAAAAGGCGAGUUUGAAACGGGUUUUGAGAAGGGUGGACAGACGCGGGAGCAUGCCAUGCUGGCUAAAACAGCCGGUGUCAAGCACCUGAUAGUUCUGGUGAAUAAGAUGGAUGACCCUACAGUCAACUGGAGUCUAGAGAGGUACGAAGAGUGCAAAGAGAAACUAGUGCCAUUCCUGAAGAAAGUGGGCUUCAACCCGAAGAAAGACAUUCACUUCAUGCCGUGUUCUGGACUCACAGGAGCCAACCUGAAGGAAGCCACUGACAUGUGCCCCUGGUAUACAGGUUUGCCCUUCAUUCCACACCUGGAUAGUUUGCCAAAUUUCAACAGAUCAAGUGACGGCCCUGUCAGAUUGCCCAUCGUAGACAAAUACAAGGACAUGGGGACCGUGAUUCUGGGCAAGCUGGAGUCUGGCUCCAUCAGUAAAGCACAGCAGCUGGUGAUGAUGCCCAACAGGCAUGUGGUGGAGGUAUUGAGUCUCCUAUCAGAUGAUGUGGAGACAGACGAUGCGGGACCAGGUGAAAACCUCAAGCUGCGACUGAAGGGAAUCGAGGAGGAGGAGAUCCUGCCUGGCUUUAUUCUCUGUAAUUCUGACAACCUGUGUCAUUCAGGGCGCACCUUCGACGCCCAGAUUGUCAUCAUUGAACACAAAUCUAUCAUCUGUCCAGGUUACAACGCGGUCCUUCACAUUCACACAUGCAUUGAAGAAGUGCAAAUUACGGCCUUAAUCUGUCUAGUGGACAAAAAGUCAGGAGAAAAGAGUAAGACGCGGCCCCGAUUUGUCAAACAGGACCAGGUCUGCAUCGCCCGUUUGCGUACAGCAGGAACCAUUUGCCUCGAGACUUUUAAAGAUUUUCCUCAGAUGGGACGAUUUACCUUACGAGAUGAAGGCAAGACCAUCGCCAUCGGUAAGGUUCUGAAGCUGGUGGCUGAGCGGGACUGAAGAGGACGGGGCUGUCCUGAGUCUCUGUGAGAAGGAUCUGGCAGAAUUCAGUCGCAAACUGCCUCUUCUGUCUUCAGCGGUGAACACACCUCCCUGUCACGCCCCCUUUGUGCGUGUUGAAGAUCAGCUUUGGAAAAAUCAACUCGUGAAAAAGAAACCUGUUUUUAAAGAAAAGACAAAGAAUGAUUUCCACAGGAGUCAGCUUUCUCAUAUUGAGAGCUCUGUUAUGCCAUUAUGGGUUAGCCCCUCCUCCCAGCUCCCCAUUCCUAUUACAAUACAGGAGGGUUUUUUUUCCUUUCAGUUUUUAUUUCCUCGCUGUCAUAGACGACUCUCAGAUGGCAGAACUUCUACCCAGAAACACACAUGGACCAGGAUGUACUAAGAAAUUCUUUGAAAGAACUUGACCAUUUGAAAGCUGAAGUGUAUCUUGGUUGUAUGUCUCCCUUUGCUUUUACCCAGUUUUGGUUUCUCAUGAGGCGUUCUGGCUGUGGACUUGAACGUUGAUCAAAUGUUAUUAAAGCAACCAAAAGUUCCAAUAAAACAGUGAUUGGGAAAAUGAA